GUUCGUGUCUACGUGUGAGUUUAGCUUAAAAUAAUAUUUAAUAAUAAUUUAAAGGAAUUCUAAACUAAAUAAAUUAAUUAAUGUACUAAAAUUAUUUUUUUUAAUUAAAUUAUUUUUAAAUUAUGACGUAUUAAUAAAUACAAGUAGUGUGAAAAACGCGCGGGAAGUAAACAAUAGCUUCAAAAUUUUAAUGCAAAAAUAAAGUGUUAAAGAAUUAAAAAGUUUUAAAAAAAUUAUAUUAUAUCAAAUGCCAUAUUUGAAAAAAGUGUCAGUGCAUUAGUGAAGUGAAAAUUUUUUUUUUAUUUUAGCUACUAAAUGAAGUGAAGUAAAAUCGAUCGAUAAAUUCUUGGAAUAAACUUAUCGUGAAAAAAAUCAAUACCUCAGUUUGAUAUUCAAGAUAUCGGAAGUCAUGGAAUCAAUAUUUUAAAAUCGCUAUAAUUGUUGUGUUUAAAUAAAUAAAAUACAAAUCUAAUGAAAUGCUAAGUAAAUAUUUAUGAGCAAACAAAGUGUAGAAAAUAAAUAGCGUCAUUUAAUGAUCAAUAAUAAUAAUAAUAAUAAUAAUAAUAAUAAUAAUAAUAAUAAUAAUAAUAAUAAUAAUAGUAAUAAAAAUAACAGAGAAUAUUAAAAAUAAGUGAAUAAGUGUUUAGUGUCGUCUUAUAUUUGUUUGCUUGAAGAAAUCAACAAUCUUGUCAACAUCGAAGACAACAACAAGACACGUCAUCGACCGACUACGUGUACAAUCCAAAGGAGGCAAGAAUUCGAAAAGCGAUGCGUGAGCAGUGUCGUGAAUUGUCGCGGCAAUCUAUUCUUCAGAGUACAGUUACGGCGACGAACAGCGGUGCCUCGGCAACUGGUGCAAAUAGUACUAAUGGAAAUGUUGAAAACAUUGCUGGAGAACGUGGAGCUCCUGGAGCUGGAGGAAGAGGAGGAGCACCAGCAGGGACAGGAGGGAGAGGAGGAAGUAGAUGUGGAAGCGCGGGAGGAAGAGCCAGUGACGGUGGUGAGAUUGGGACGGGUAAUUUUCUAAGUCAUCCAACGUCUUAUGCGUCACCGGUACCUGCAGCUACCAGCUCUUCAUUGCCUUCAACUUCAGGUUACGAGAGCAGGAUCAUCAACCCCUGGUUCCCGGUCGGUCACACGCCACCUGCUAAUCUUCCAAUACACUCGCAUCGGGUCAUGCAGGCCCACCAGCGAACGUUCGAUAAGAGCGAAGAGGUUUUGAGAAAGCGAGCCAAGUGCGCCGGUGCUUUUUCCGCAGCCUCCGCCGCGGCGGCGUCGAGUUACCCCGGUGAUUUUACUGUUCACGGAGCGCCCACGCAAGCGGCUAGCGGCACGAGUGUCGGUGGCCUCGAGAGCAACGAUUAUCGUGGUGGUGGCGGCAGCGUUAGCGGUAUCGGGGAAUUCUCCGAUGCCCAGAAGUGGCAUCCUUACCAAAAUGCUGCUGCUGCUCAUCAUCAUCCCAGGAUACCACUGACUAGAAUGACAAGUCGUCAUCCUAUGCAGAAUAUCAAUCCACAAAAUCAUGGACCCUGGAAUCAACAAUAUUUCGGACUUCCAUUGUAUCCUAUGGCUACUCAGAACCAAAUGGUUCGCAGCCCGAGGCAUGUGGUCUUUGUUCAAAACCAACAAGAACGACACACUGCUGGAUAUCCUGAUGAAAUGCCGAUGAAUUACAUAACUAAUAGAAUAGAGACUAGUCACCGACUGCAGCCUAGUUAUAGCCAAAAUAAUUACCAAGAAACUGAAAAAUGCAUCGAAGACGCGCCGAGGUGGGAUCAACCGUCAACUUCUGCCGCGCCGCCGAUAGCCAACCUAGUGACGUCUCCACGCGAACCCGAGCGAGUUAGAGAAACGCAACCGCCAAAAAAAGAAGAAACUAACAAAGAGUAUCAGAAGAACGUUGAACCCCAACCAAGAACUCAAAGUAACCAACGUCUACCGGGUUUCCCUCAAGCAUUUGGUUCCACAGAGAUCGGGAGAUUCUCAAGAACUCAUAAUUUUGCAGACAUGGUGGUCCCGGACAAUAACGUCAGCGACGGGAGUAUUUGUAGCAGCAGUGGGUCUGGAAUUGUUCCUGGUAAUAGUAAUGGAAAUUACGUAACAUUUUUGGAAGUACCGCGAGUAAACUGUGACUGCAUCUCUCAUUCAAAUCCACUACAAGUGUCUCAAAAUUUUUCAACACCGACUUCAACAGAGCGGCCGACUUUUAUAUAUCACGAUACCCAAGUUCCGGGAGGAUCGAGACAAGCCAAUCAAUCACCCGAAAAAAAAUCUUCCAAUAGUGACAGUAGCAAUUUAAGUGCCAACAGUUUGACUUAUUCAGCUUCCACAGAAUUGAAGCCCGUUAAAAACAAAAGUAUUGAAGUCGGACAAAAAGAAACUCAAGUGAAAGAAGAAAAUGAUAAUGAUGACGGUGAAGAAGAAGACCAAGAUGAAGAUGAAGACGAAAGUGUCGGAGACGAAGAUGAAGACGAUGACGAUGAAGAUUAGCAAGAAGAUUCAAUUAAUAUUACAACUUAAUUUUAUUUUAUUUAUUAUUUUCCUCAUUUUAAAAUAAUAUUUACUUUUAUUGCAUUAUAUUUGUUCCAUUAAAAAAAAAUAGUUAUUUUAUUUUAUUGUCUCCAAUACAAACGUUACUUUGAAUUUUUUUAUUUUGUUUCUAAAAAGUUAGUGGUUUAAAAGCCGACAGCCGAGUCAUCGGCCACGAGGAAAAGAUGAUAGAGGAUUUUAUAUGAUACGGCGGCAUACUUCAAAUAGAAUAGACAGUAUAAAUGAAAAGUUGGUUAUAGUGCCCACCCAUUAUCAUUUAGAAUUACAAUCAUCAACGACAUUAUCAUCAGCAUCGAAAUAUACAACUGUUAGAUCCAGCAACGUCUUAAUAUAUAUCAGUUAUCUCUGUUUAAUACAUAAAAAUAUAAUAUUGUACAUUGAAAAAGAAGACCGCCGUGGGUCGGUCAGGUGUUGUAAAAUUUUACUCGGGCACUGCGUAACAUUAAACACUGAUUAACCCAAGAAUUUUUAUUAUACGCGCCGAAAACCCACCGUAUGCAUACACAAUAUUGUGACGGGUUUAUUUUUUCUAUCUAUGCACAGAUAAAAUUUUUUUAUGUUUACUUUGAAAAUUAACAUUUUAAUAUUUAUCAUACAACAUUAAUAAUACAUUUUUAUUUUUUUCGAAUUUCAAUGUUUUACAUUUUAAAAUAAAAAAAAAAAUUAAAUUAUUUUUUCGUUAAUGUUUUUUUUGUUUAAUAAUUCGUGGAGUUUGUAACAUUACUGCGAUUUCGUAAAAUUUCUAAAUUACAUGAACA